AUGGGCUUCAAACGGAUGACGCCGGUGCAAGCCAUCGCCAUCCCGCUGCUGCUGAAGCAACGCGACGUGGCCGUCGAGGCCUGCACAGGUUCAGGGAAGACCUUGGCCUUUCUGAUUCCCAGCUUCGAGAUUCUGUGCCGAUCACUCGAGGAGGGCGUCUCACGACGGCCCGGCAGCUUGCAGCUCAUGGUGGGAUGUGCCAUCAUCGCCCCCACACGAGAGCUGGCGACACAGAUCUACGAGGUCUUCGGGAAGUACCUGAAAUCUGCGGAGAUGGAGGCCUGUGAAAGGCUUCGCGCGCAGCUCUGCGUGGGAGGCUCCGACGCCAAGGCCGCCGCCGGGGCGCUACGGCGUCUCGGCGGUGCCGAAGCGCCACCGGUGCCGUUGCACUUGGUGGCGGCGACGCCGGGCCGGCUGCGGGCGUUGCUGCAGAUGGCGGACACACCGCUGAACAUGAAGAGCUUAGAGCUGCUGGUCUUUGAUGAGGCCGAUCGUUUGCUCCAGCUGGGCUUCGCCAUGGACGUCCAGGCGAUCCUCUCGGCGGUGCCCAAGCAGCGGAGGACCGGGCUCUUCAGCGCCACGCUGACGACGGAGCUGCAGCGGAUCAUGAAGGCUGGCAUGAGAAACCCUGUGCACGUCUGCGUGCGUCUGAAGAGACCUGUCGAGUCCGAAGACGCGAAAGGCCUCAAGGUCCGAAAGAAGGGACCUGAAGCGAUCAAGGAUGGAAGUGUGGAGGAGCGGGUCGUGAAGGCUGUGAGUCACGAGCUGCCGACGAAGUUGAGCAACUACUUCUUGCAGCUGCCGGCAACGGAACGGCUGGGGUUCUUAAGACAUUUCCUUCAAAGACCCGAAGUCUCAGGCGGGAAGAGCAUUGUCUUCUUUUCCACCUGUGCCACGGUGGACUACUUUCACGUGCUGCUGAGGGAGCUCAUCGACGUGAAGCGUGCAAAGGGAAAGAAGUUGAAGAUGGAGAGCAUUCGCGUCGAGAAGCUGCAUGGGCAGAUGGAUCCGACCGCGCGUGCUCGGGCCUACGAGAAGUUCUGCAAGUCUCCGCCGGAGGAGGGCGCCAUCUUGUUGGCCACGGACGUGGCCGCCCGGGGCAUCGAUGUGGAGAAGGUCGAGUGGAUCGUGCAGGUGGAUCCGCCCACGGACCCCGCGGCCUUCGUGCACCGCAUCGGCCGCACGGCGCGCGCCGGGCAGAGCGGGAAGGCGCUGGUGCUCCUCCUGCCGCACGAGGAUGGGUAUUUGCCCUUCUUGGAGAAGCGUGGCAUCCAACUGGAGCAGCUUCCUGAGGAGCUCGCGGCAGACCAGGAGAGUGGGGCCAACACGCUGCAGAAGUGCAAGCACAUGGUUGAGCGGGACCGCACGGUGAUGUUGAAGUCCACCAAGGCCUUUUUGUCCUUCGUGCGGGCCUAUCAGGAGCACCAGUUGCCAUUCCUCUUUCCGUUCAAGGAUUUGGACCUGGGAGAUUUAGCAACGGGCUACUGUUUGUUGCGCUUACCCCGCAUCAAAGAGAUCCUGGGCAAGCGAGUCAGUGGCUUCAAGCAAAGCGAGGUGGACCCUGCGUCAGUGCCCUUCCGGAACAAAAAGCAGGAGAAGCAACGCAAGGACACCGGCCCUUAG